AUGGAAAACCUACAGACGAAUUUCUCCUUGGUUCGGGGCUCAAAUAAAAAAAUGAAUGGGAUAGGAGAUGAUGAUGGCAGCCCUCCAGUGAAAAAAAUGAUGACAGACAUUCACGCAAAUGGAAAAAUGAUGAUAAGCAGGAUGCCAACAGUUAAGAAAGAACUUUUGGAUGACUAUGAAGCACCAAUGGAGACUGAUGGAGAGCAUGUCAAACGAACCUGUACCUCGGUGCCUGAACCUUUACACUUAAAUCCCAGUUUGAAACACACUUUGGCACAAUUCCAUUUAAGCAGUCAGAGUUCUCUGGGUGGACCAGCAGCGUUUUCCGCUCGGUAUGCCCAAGAAAGCAUGUCACCUACUGUAUUUCUGCCUCUGCCGUCUCCUCAGGUUCUCCCUGGUCCACUGCUCAUCCCUUCGGAUAGCUCCACAGAACUCACCCAGACUAUGUUGGAAGGGGAAUCUAUUUCUUGUUUUCAGGUUGGAGGAGAAAAGAGACUAUGUUUGCCCCAAGUCCUAAAUUCUGUUCUCCGAGAAUUUUCGCUUCAGCAAAUAAAUACAGUAUGUGACGAACUGUACAUCUAUUGUUCAAGGUGUACUUCAGACCAACUUCAUAUCUUAAAAGUCCUGGGGAUACUUCCGUUCAAUGCCCCGUCCUGUGGGCUGAUCACAUUGACUGAUGCACAGAGACUAUGUAACGCUUUGUUGCGACCACGCACUUUCCCUCAAAAUGGUAGCCUACUUCCCACCAAAAACUCAUUGGCUCAGUUAAAGGAAACUGGCAGUGCCUUUGAAGUGGAACAUGAAUGCUUGGGCAAAUGUCAGGGUCUGUUUGCACCCCAGUUUUAUGUUCAGCCUGAUGCUCCCUGCAUUCAGUGUCUGGAGUGCUGUGGGAUGUUUGCACCCCAAACGUUUGUGAUGCAUUCGCACAGAUUACCUGACAAAAGGACUUGCCACUGGGGCUUUGAAUCAGCCAAAUGGCAUUGCUAUCUUCACGUGAACCAAAAAUACUUAGGGACACCUGAAGAAAAGAAACUGAAGAUAGUUUUAGAAGAAAUGAAGGAGAAGUUUAGCAUGAGAAAUGGAAAGAGAACACAAUCUAAGAUAGAUACACCAUCAGGAAUGGAAUUACCGUCAUGGUAUCCUGUUAUAAAGCAGGAAAGUGAUCAUGUUACUCAGACACAUUCAUUUUUACACCCCAGCUACUACUUAUACAUGUGUGAUAAAGUGGUUGCCCCAAAUGUGUCACUCACUUCUGCUGUAUCCCAGUCUAAAGAGGUCACAAAGACAGAGGCAGGUAAAUCCAUACCAAGACAGUCAGAGAAGCCUUACAGUAGUGGAAAACAUCAAAAAACAGUGUCUUAUCCAGAUGUCUCACUGGAGGAACAGGAGAAAAUGGAUUUAAAAACAAGUAGAGAGUUACGUAGACAUUUAGAUCCAUCAAUCUCAAAUAACUCUGUAAGUAAAAAGAAACCUGAGUCUACCACUUGUAACGUAAUCAGAGACACAAGCAAGGCGGGAAUUGACCAUGAUGCAGCAGCUUCAUCUCCACUUCUUGUCAAAGAUGUCAUUUGUGAAGAUGAUAAAGGAAAAAUCAUGGAAGAAGUAAUGAGAACUUAUGUAAAACAACAGGAAAAAUUGAAUUCAAUUUUGCAUAAGAAGCAACAACUUGAGAUGGAAGUUGAAAUGUUGAGUAGCUCAAAAGCAAUGAAGGAACUCACUGAAGAACAGCAGAAUUUACAGAAAGAGCUUGAAUCUUUGCAGAAUGAGCAUGCUCAAAAAAUGAAAGAAUUUUACGUUGAACAGAAAGACUUAGAGAAAAAAUUAGAGCAGGUAAUGAAGCAAAAAUGUACCUGCGACUCAAAUUUAGAAAAAGACAACGAGGCUGAAUAUGCAGCACAGUUGGCAGAACUAAGACAGAGAUUGGACCAUGCCGAGGCUGAUAGACAAGAACUCCAAGAUGAACUCAGACAGGAACGGGAGGCAAGACAGAAGUUAGAGAUGAUGAUAAAAGAGCUAGAGCUGCAAAUUUUGAAAUCAAAGACUGCUAAAGUAUAG